AUGUAUUUUCCCUCAAAGACCCAGGCCUGGAAGGUCACCGACAUUCGAAGCGACAACUUUGACGGAUUUCAGCUGAUCGAAGACGUUCCCGUAAGCACCCUAGGUGAUGAUGACGUUCUCGUCCAGAUUGAGGCCGUUUCCCUCAACUACCGAGACCUGGCCAUCCCCAGAGGCUUAUACCCGUUCGCGAUGAAGACACCUGUUAUUGCGGGUUCCGACGGCGCAGGCACAGUUUUGGCUGUUGGGCCCAAGGUGACAGACUUCACUGCUGGUGAUAAGGUCUGCACCUUGUUCAACGAACUGCAUCAAACCAACCCUAUCACACCUGAGGCCGUGGGCAGUGGCUUGGGCGGGGCUGUUGAUGGCACUCUGCGCAAGUACGCCGUGUUCCCAAAUCACGGCCUUGUCACUGCUCCGUCGACUCUGAGCUCCAUCGAAGCUAGCACUUUGACUUGUGCGGCUUUGACAGCUUGGAAUGCCCUUUUCGGGUUGAAGAAGCUGAAGCCGGACGAUUGGGUUCUGGUUCAAGGCACCGGCGGCGUCAGCCUGGCCGCAAUCCAAUUCGCCGUCGCAACAGGGGCAACGGUCGUGGCAACUACAUCUUCGAACGACAAGGCUGACACCCUGAAGAAGAUGGGUGUUUCUCAUGUCAUCAACUAUCGAGAGGUUGCCGAAUGGGGAAAUGCCGCCAGAGCCCUUACUCCGAAGGGACUUGGCUUCGAUCAUAUCCUCGAGAUUGGCGGAGCAGCCACUGUGGCACAGUCUUUGAAGGCUAUCAAACUCGAAGGCAUUAUCACGAUCAUUGGCUUCUUGACCUCCACCGAGAAUGACAAGCAGCCGAGUUUGAUGGAAGCCCUGAACCAUAUUUGCACUGUUCGGGGCAUCUUUGUCGGGUCUCGGGAGCAAUUUGUGGAAAUGAAUCGUGCUAUCGAUGAUUGGAAGAUCAAGCCUGUCGUCGACGCCAAGGUUUUCUGUUUCGGAGAGGCAAAGGCGGCUUAUGAUUGUCUUUGGGAUAGGAUGAACUUCGGAAAAGUGGUUAUCAGGAUCUAA